AUGGAUAUGAAAGUGUUAAAAAGGAUGGGAAGAAAAGCCUUAUAUACUGGUAUUGCCUGCAUAUUGUUCCCUUUGAUAAUUGGCUUGUCACUUGGACUGUCCCUUCAAAGAUCUUGGCUCACCAAAGAAGAAGCAUAUAGUCUUCCAAUUCUGACAGCAUUUCAUAGUUUAACUCCAUUUCCGGUGGUCGUUUACCUUCUUGAGAAACUCGAGAUCUUGAACUCUGAACUUGGUCAAUUAGGCCUAUCUGCAGCAAUGGUUUCCGACGCGAUUGGCUUGUUUCUUCUUGUUCUUGCCACAUGGAGUAUGGUUGCCAGGGAGAAGGGUUAUUUUAAUGGUACUUUUGUUGGAGCUUCAACCAUUAUCUAUCUCUUAACCGUUGUAUUUGUUUUUCGACCCGCAAUGGUUUGGAUAGUCAAGCAAACACCCAAAGAUGGACCGCCUUUAGGAUCUGCCAUUGUCAACAAGUUCAACUGCUUCACUGAACAUGUGCUUCUUCCACUCUUUGUAACUAUAUCUGCUAUGAAGGCAGAUCUAGGUUUAAUCAGCCUCGGUAGCAACUUGCUGGCCUUCGAUAUAAUCCUCCUUAUCGCGACUUUUGCUGCUAAAAUGGUGGCCUGUUUGAUUCCUCUCUUGUACUCCAAAAUGCCCAUAAAUGAUGCUAUAGCACUUGCUCUCAUUUUGAGUUUCAAAGGUGAAGUUCAGCUCAGCUUAUAUUCUUACUCCGGAGAUCACCAGGUCCAACUUAUACUAGACAAGACGCUUUCCUUAUCGAUAGUUGCGAUCCUAAUUAAUGCAACUAUUGCACCAAUCUUGGUGAAGUACCUGCACGAUCCUUCAAGGAAAUAUGCAGGUUACAAGGAAAGGGAUAUCAUCCAUAACAGACGCAAUGCAGAGCUUCGGAUCUUGGUGUGCAUUCACAAACCCGACAACAUUCCUACGGUUAUCAAACUACUGGAAGCUUCAGGCCCGACAAGACAAAGACCCCUUACUAUUUAUGUUCUUCACCUUAUCAAACUGAUUGGCCGAGCCUCCCCCGUUUUUCUCUCCCACCAAAUGCAGAAAAAGACUCUCUCCAAAACUUGCUAUUCAGAGAAUGUGAUUAUCGCAUUUAAUCGCUUCAAACAAGACAAUCUGAAUGGCAUAUCACUGUUGCAUGUUUUCACUGCCAUCUCUCCACCAAAGUACAUGCACGAAGACGUAUGCAAUCUUGCACUGGACAAGCUCGCGUCCCUCAUAGUACUCCCAUUCCACCGGAAAUGGUCCCAGCUUGAUGGGUUUGUUGAAUCGGAGGACUGUGCUAUAAGGACUCUGAACUGCGGUGUCCUUGAACUAGCACCUUGCUCCGUGGGGAUCCUUGUUGAUCGUGGCCGUUCAACUAUUCCAGCAGAUUCAUCUUAUUCUGUUGCAAUGAUCUUCUUAGGAGGGAGUGACGAUCAAGAGGCAUUAACAUUGGCGAAACGCAUGGCCAAUGAUAUGAUGAACAUCAAUUUGACUGUGGUUCACUUUGUUGCAUCUGGGAGUGAAGAGAUUAUAGAUUGGGGCGAUUUGCUGGACCAGCAGGUUCUCAAGGAUGUUAAACUUAACAAUGUGAGUGGUGGAUGUGUGACGUAUAUAGAGGAGAUGGUGGAAGAUGGACCUCAGACGGCAUUGCUAAUUCAUUCUAUGAUAGACGAGUACGACCUUAUUAUAGUUGGGAGGCGGCACAAUAUAGUGUCCCCUCAAACAUCAGGGCUUGCAGAAUGGAUUGAAUUCCCAGAGCUGGGUAUCGUCGGAGAUCUUCUUGCCUCCUCAGAUAACAACACCAGGACAUCCGUUUUGGUGGUGCAGCAGCAGCAGUAGCAACAACGACGACGGGCAAUAUCCUAGUCAUGGUUAGAUAAGUGAGAUCCAUUUUAAAAAAGAAAAUCUGUUUUUUAAUAGAUUCAUUUUUGGUUUUCAAAAAAACUGCACGUAGUUCUUAAACUUAUAAUUAGCAUUACUCAUUUUGGUUGAAAAUGAAAGAAGCCACACGGGAUUGUGUAGUGAUCUAUUAUUAUCAAUUCCAAACAUAUAUCGAGGCAUCAAACAUUAUAUUUUGUGAAUUUA